AGCGCUGCUCUCCUUCCCAAGUAGUUUGUGGGCUGGAAACACAUGACAUCACACAUCCCCGUCCUUAUCUCCAAAAUAGUAGAGCGUACGAUUUCGUAAAUAUAACAAACAUCGGGCGAGCGACCGUAGUGACGUUUUCAUCGGAAUAGUUUCCGGUCUGAGCCAAAUAACGUUUUGGGAUUGGCGCCUUUUUCCACAGCAGCAUCUAGGAGGCUGGCGGGGUUUUUCACGCUCAGGAGGAGGAAUGGCGAGAGGGGAGGCCACGGCUGAGGAGUGGGAGAGAGAUGGGGGCAUAGCAGAAUAAUAACAUCCCGGGUCACGUAUCGUACCUUGUUUUGUAUUUUGCGCCGGUAUCCGUCUCCCGUCAUGGAUCCAGAGAAAACGCUGACGUUCUGCCUUGGGUUGGAGGCCGAGGAGAUGACCAUGUCCCUGCAGGACUUGGAUGGCACCGAGUCUUCCACUACGGCGCACCGUUCUGCAACGCCGGUGGUGACAUUUCACGAGAAUUCUGGCAACCAACCCGUAGUGGUGACAUUUCACGGGAAUUCUGGCAACCAACCCGUAGUCAGUCCUAAAUACUGUCCCGGGGUGAACAACAAGCCCGGCUACCUCUGUGAAACGGGCCAUUGCUGUGGAGAGACCGGCUGCUGCACCUACUAUUAUGAACUGUGGUGGUUCUGGCUGCUGUCGACCGUGGUGAUCCUGUUCAGCUGUUUCUGUGCGUACCGGCACCGCUGGGCCAAGCUGAGGCUCCAGCACCAGCAGAGACAGAGAGAAAUCAACCUGAUCGCCUACAACGGCGCCUGCAACUACCCAACCUCCAUGCUGGACCUAAGCUUCCUGGCUUCCUUCAAACUUCCGUCGUACGAGGAGGUGGCCGCUCAGCCCUGCACCCCUCCUCCCCCCUACAGCUCCGUCUUCGCCCUGCGAGGAGGAGGAGGAGGAGGAGGAGGCGGGAGUGGAGGAGGUGCCCUAGGAGGCCCUAGCUCCUCCUACGCCCACGACCACCACCACCACCACCACCCCCACCCCCCCUGCCCUCCGUACCCCUACCCCGGCCCCUACCCUCCUACCCACGGCCCCUACCCCCUCAGCCAGUGGCCGUACCCGCCCAGCCAGGCCCCCAGCCACACCCCUUACCCCCCCAGCCACGGCCGCACCCCCGCCAGGAGCGCCAUGACCUCCUCCCAAAGCUCCGAUAACUACACCAGCUGCUCCUGCGAGUCCUGCUCCAUCACCUCCCCUUCCAGCAACUCCUUCUCCGUGCAGGUGACGGACGAGACCUACGACAGCAGCCGCGGCUCCACCCCCGGGGACGGCGCCGACCGGGCCGUCGCCAUCGCCAUGACGACCAGGCCCGGGCGUUCGGCGCCUCUCCCGCCCGACCCGUUCCCCGGCGCCGCCCCCGAAGGCGGGCCGCCCCGAGCCGCUAACAGCGCGGGGCGCCCGUUUCCCGUGCUCUCCCUGAACCCCCCACGCCCGCCCCACCCACCCCGCUUCCCCCUCCCACCCCUCAUCCUCUCCCCCACCCUGGCCCCGCCCUCCUCCCCCCCCCCCCCGCCGGCCCCCUCCUCUGUGUCUCCUCCGGCCCGUCCGCUGGUCGUGUCUGACCCGCUGGGGGCGCUGGGGGCCGGCCGGGGGUGCGGGACGGGGGGCUCCACCCCCGGCCUCCCCCCGCCACCCUUACCCUUCCCCAAACACGCCCUCUUCUCCUCCAGCGUGGCGUUCUUUGAGCACCAGCGCUACGACGCCGAGCGCAAACAGCAAGUGGCCUCGCAGAGGGGGAUGGAGGAAGAACACCGAGGGGGGGGAGGAGAGGAAGAUGAUCUGGAGGACGACGAUGAUGAGGACGAAGAUGACGAAGACCACUUCCGCCACCGCAGGCUGACGGGCGACUCGGGUAUCGAGGUGUGCCGCUGCCACAUCAAGCGGACGGAAGGGGACGAGCCCGCGGUGGAGAAGGGGGGAGGCGGUAACCGGGGGAAACGAGGUGGAGGAGGAGGAGGGGGGGCGCUGGGAUACGGGGAGGGGGCAGAGGAGGUCCUGCACGACAGCGUGGACUGUUCCCUCCGUGCUCAAGCGGCGGCAGGUCGGCGCCCGUAUCAGCGAGCGGAGGCGACUGCGACCUCUGGGCUGCCCCACAAGGCGGGCAAGGUCACCGUCACCGUGGAAACGUCAUGAGCUGGAGGUCUGGCGACAGGAUUCAUCCGAAUUGAGGUACCGCAAAAUCCCAGCGACAGUCGGGACGGUUUACCUGCGGGGCCUAGCAGCACCUUCUGCUUUUCAGGAACAGAGGGUCAAAGGCUCAUAGGUGCCCAGCCUGCAAAAAUUGCUUGAAUUGAAAGGCUGAAUUAGAAGGUGUUAGCAUGUUGCUAACGUUGACUGGAGAUGGGUGGGUAAUAUGGAAGUGGGUUUUUACUUGCUGUUUUUUUUUUUUCAAUGAAAGUUAGACUUUUCUUUCCCAGAUAGACCGGUUUCUGUAAGGAAAUGGCUUCGGGGUCACUUUUUAUAUCCGUUUUCUCCAUUUUGUAUCUUCAAUUCACUGCAAGUAAGGAAGACGACGUAUGCACACACAUACAACACGUAUACAGAAUCACACUCCACACACAUGCGUACAUUUUCUUUUAUGAUUUACUUUCCAAACUUCUCUGUCUUUGAAUCCAGCUGAGCAUGUGUCUGCCCAGUCACUAGCAGAUUAAUUUACUUGAUUAAUCCUUGCAGUUUGAAACCCAUUGCUAUUGAAAAGUCGGUUUAUUGUAUUAUAACGAGGCUAGAUGGACUGUUGUUUAAGCAAAAUAAACCUUUCUUUGAAACAUAUAGAUAGAGAUUACACAUGAUCUGUUGAGGAUGAAGGGAAGACUGUUAAUGUGUAGUUAUGAAUUGUACAACAGAAAUACUUUCUAGAUUUAUUUAUCAUUGGUUGCAUUGACUGUUGACCACAUUGAGGGUUCCAAUAUUUUUAAAUGUACUUAUUCGUUUUAUAAAUCACUGCCAAAUUGUGCAGUUCCACAACGUGUUUUCAUGGUGAUUAGAGACAUAAUUUAUUGGUUCUGUGAAUUAUGGCAUUAAUAAGCAUUUUGCCUUUAACAAAUAUUUUGUUUACUAUCGCCCAUAUACAACUUUUGGUUUGGUAGUGACACUACGCUAUCAGGUCAGCUUUAGGUUGCUUUUCUUUUUUAUUUCAGAGGCAAUAAUGAAAGCACUUACGGGAGAGAAACAACAACUCUACAUAUUUAAAGUACAUGUCUUUAGCACACUGUGUCUUUCCUCCCUCAUUCAAGAUGGCCGAACUGAAAAGAAAGACUAAACAAAACAAAAGAUCUACUUGGGUGACAGAGCUUUAUAACGGAACUACAAUCCCUCUUCGUUUUGACUGUUAUUCAAACGUAUUGUGUCAAAGUUACCUUUGUAAUAGCUUAGUUAGGGGAUCUUCAACCUAAUCUCAACUCUUUAAGAGCCCCUCCCCCUCCACCGUGAUGAUGGACUGUUUUUGUGAGGCAGGAACUGUUUAUAAAGCGGGCAUUCUUAGCGCGGCUUUCACCCACAUAUACCACAUGAAUGUAUAUGCAUUUGCAAUGACAAGAAGAGAGACUGUUUACGAUCAAACUUGUUUGGCAUGUGAAAUCUUCACAGAGGAUACUCGGAAAGCCAUCCUGACUGUGCUUAUUGUGAUCUUUUUCGUAGGAUUAUGUUUCACGGAAGACAAAGUGGUCUGAUCUACCAUGUACUUGUGGUCAUGCUCUUAACAUAUGAAACAUGAUUGAUAUCUUUUUUUGUUUAAGAACUUAGCUGAUUGAUUUCCACAGGUAAAACGUGCAGACAAUGAAAUUGUAAAAAAAGAGCAUUCGUGUUACAAUAUUUAAUGUGGCUCCUUGAAAACAAACAUACAUGCAGCGUCUCACUUUGCUGAAGAACAUUUUGUGUUUGUGAUUUCUUUGAGUGGGUUGCAAAGUAUGCCGAGGCCAUAUUAAGGAAUCACAAUUUGCCUGGAGCUUACCUCUCACCUUCCUAUCGUUAGUUUCUACGGCACCUGGAUUUUUCUUUAUUCUGGAAAAUAUAUAGUUUAAGUCGAGGGCCGGAUGUGAAAAUGUGUCCAGACGGAAGAGGCAGAUAUUUAAGAGACACUGAUGUCCCAAUCAAGGUGAAUAUAGCCUGAAACAUACAGGCUAAUAUUCUUCUGAUUUCCACUGCUACUUCACUACUGUACAUUUUUGUAUAAAAGAAAUAGAUAAAUAUCAAGUAUCACAACAAUCCCUUUUUUCUCAUUGGGUUGGGCUUUUAAAAGUAUAUUGUCUCUUGCAGUAUGUAUAUUGUGCCUAGAAGAUAAUAUAUUUUGCGUUGGACAUCAUGUCAUCAUUGUGCUGCUAUGUAUGUGUCUCCCGUUUGGCUGUAUGUACUUGUAUACCAAAAAUUUACUUUUGUUUUCCUAUUAACACUUAAGCAGUCUCUUUAUAAAAUAUUCUCAGUACAAAGUACACACACGAGACUUGCAGAACUAGUAUUUAGCAAUAGAAUAGUAAUCACACCUUUUUCCCUUGUUCAAGUGAGCAUUUGACAAAAAGAAAAGGACUUGUGAAAAGCGGUUGUGAAAAUGAGUUUACCUCGUAAUACUGCCCUGUAUUUGGCAAAGGGCAUGGCUCAUUGAAUGUACGUGGCUCUUUAUUUGGCAUUGACAACAGCUCAUUGUUCUCUGGUUAGGUGGAAGCAGACUUUAUCUGUCCCCGAUCUGAUACUGAGUUUGCCCAGUAAGACACUUGAGCCAAAGUAGUUUGUUCUCUCUUGCCUUUUCUAGCAGCUAAGUGUGUGUGUGUGUGUGUGUGUGUGUGUGUGUGUGUGUGUGUGUGUGUGUGUGUGUGUGUGUGUGUGUGUGUGUGUGUGUGUGUGUGUGUGUGUGUGUGUGUGUGCGCGCGUCCAUGAUCUCCCCUUUCAUUACUACCGACAGGCCAAGGCCCAAUGUAAGACUGUUACCUCGCUAAGAAAUGACUGCAAAGGACUGUUGACUCAACUUUUUUCCAGAUCGUAUUUAUUCUAUAUUUGUACUAUCUCAUUUUAAAAUCGUAAAACAUAAAUCAGUUUGUUUAGGUGAACAAGGGAAAAAAAUUAAGAUAAAACCCCAUUUCGGACAGGACAUGGCCUACUUUUUAUAUUUUUUCCAUGUAGAAAUUAACAUUUCUGUUCGCUUACAUGAAUUGCAAGUGAGCAGUAGACUCUUUAGCAGCAUCUUACGUGGUUGUGGAAUAGUUUAAAGUAAUAUUAGCGAACAUGUGGCGUACAUUGAGGGUAUCCUAUUGUGCAAUUAUGACUUCUGCUCUUAUCCGUGUAGCAUACAUGUAUAAGAGGAAAGAAAUUAGUGGUUUGAUAUUAAAAACAAUUGCAGCUUAUUAUGAGGCCAAAGGUGAUUAUUGUUGGUGUUAGUUAACAUGAUAAUAUUUAUCAGCGUUGAUAUCUAAACCUGGGCCUUUUUCAAUAGUAUGUCAGAACAGAAGAAAAUAUCCCAUUGUACAUUUGUUUUUCUUGUUGUGUAUUGUACUGGAAAUCCUGAUGCAUAUUCUACUGUAAAUGCUCACAGAUAAAUACAUUCACUUUAUUGGUGCCUAGUUGCUUGCACCCAUCAUGUCUUUUUGAUAUAGCUGUGUUGUAACGGUUGAUUUGGCAUUUUUAAAUGAAUAUUUUCUUGAUUUUGGGUUAUCCACUGUAUUACAUAAACAUUUGCAUCUCUUUAUUCAACCGAGACUUUGGAUCCUGUGUCAAAAAAUAAAAGGUACCUCGUGCUA